AUGGACCGCUCAAAUCCGCUCUCCUCGAACGCCUCAUCCAACUCUAAACAGGCCUCCGGUCCUUUUGCAUACCAGACGCGGUUGCUAGAACGAACAUCGUCCAUAAGUCGCGCGAGCCCGUUAUCUCGAACCCGAAGUCACUCACAAUCCUCGAAUUUGUCUCUCGUAUCCAACAACACCGGGACGAACUCGACAACGACGCCGACACCUGCACCUGCAAGACGAUGGACACCUUCUCACCGCGUAGGGAAUAGUUUGGAUCUGGUCCGGGGCAAAUGGGAGGAGCGUUCUCGAGAAGGAACAGGAGACUCAGUGCCGUCAUCGCCAGGCAGUCCGUUGAAAGAGGCAUUCCAAAGGACACACCCACAAUCAGUUACUUCACUAGCGAUCGGGCGGGGCAUCGAUCAUGUACGCGACAGGGGGGAGCGGUCUUUCAGCGAUCUUCCGGAAACCAGCCGCGCGGCGAGCCCAACAAAGGACAUACCAACUGCACCAGCGACACCCGUCAGCUCAGGGAGCCAUAGCCAUAUUGACUCGGUCAGGGAUAAAUGGGAGACUCGAACUCGGGAGGCUGAGGGGCAGGCUUCAAGCUCUACACUGUCCUGGAGCCCUAGCAAGGAUUCAUCCAGAUUCACACCGCUCAAACCAUCAAUGACAUCGUCUUCAACCUCGUCCUCGGGGAUUAGCUCCGGAAGUAGUGGAAUAGGUGCAGUCAGAGGCAAAUGGGAGGAACGUUCUCGGGAGGCAGCCUUGUCUAGCCCUAGUCCGACCAAAGAGAGCUUCAGAUCGGCAUCUAGCACCAGUCUGUCAAGUUAUGCUUCAUCUUCCCCCAGCAAAUCUAAGACAGACGUGGAUCUUCAAAGGACUCCGACUUAUCUCAAGAGACAGACCAUGCCAGCGCCUAUCAUUGCUUCGCCCCUAUCGCCCAAUACCACUGGCAUCUCCGUGGAAGUUGACUCGCCGAACUCGUCUAUACCCGCCCGGAUACGCCUGCCUGUUACGCCGUCAUCUACAGAAUCACAGCUAUCAAAACCCCCGGAGAAGGGCAACUCUGCCGUCACAACCCGACUUCGCAGUGCGACGUUGAUCACUGACUCGCCAACGCCUUCCAUUCAUCUUCACUAUGCCCGUGACAAACCCGCCGCCAACGGGCCAGAGGCAGAGCAAACACCACUACGGCGGCGACCGACCUCAGCACAAGGUUUCUACUCGCAUCUGUCAGCUUCCACUGAUCGCCUCUCUACACUUCGGGCAGGGCAGGUGGAAUCGUUUAAAUCGCCCAGUACACCAACGGCCCCUAAUUCUGUCAUGUCUCCAACUCCCUAUCGUAGUUCCUAUAUGUCGGGAAAGGCCAAGAAGCUCGAUUCCUAUCGGGAUCUCGGUGGUGGAAGUGGCCGAAUGAAGUUGGGUCGACACCUUCCACGGAUUGCUAGCGGGGAUGGGGACGAGACGUGGGAAUCCAAGAACGAACCCGUGCCCCCGGUUCCUCCACCAAGAGACGACGUCGCUGCCCGAAGAGAGAAGCGACUUGCCCGUCUUCGCAGCAUGCAAAUGAAUGAUACCCACUUGUCCAACCACGCUACCCCGCCAACCUCCGAUGGUGUAGCCGGACUACCUGGCCGCAUAUCUCUUCGAGCGCCUAAAAACGACCAGCAGCCCGUCCCUUCAGCACGACUUAUUGGCGCGACCUGGGCCGACAAACAGCGUCACCUCAUCCAGGCGUACGAAUAUCUAUGUCACGUGGGAGAAGCUCAGCAAUGGAUUGAGGGUUGCCUGGGUGAAGAGCUUGACUUUGGUGUAGUGGAGAUGGAAGAAGGGUUGCGGAAUGGCGUGGUCUUAGCGAAACUUGUUCGCGCCUUUGAGGGACAGCAAGCGGUUCGCAGGAUCUAUCAGGCUCCUAAGCUGGAUUUCCGCCACUCCGACAAUAUCAAUAUCUUCUUCGACUUCGUCCGUAAAGAGGGUCUUCCAGAGGGGUUCAUCUUCGAGUUGACUGACCUGUACGACAAGAAGAAUAUUCCGAAAGUGAUCUAUUGCAUACACGCUCUCAGUCAUCUUCUAGCUCGUCGUGGAAGGGCGCAACGCAUUGGAAAUCUGCUUGGACAACUGCAGUUCUCUGACGAUCAAUUGACCAAGACUCAGAAGGGUCUGAAGGAUGCGGGUGUUUCGAUGCCCAACUUCGGUAAUGUUGGUAAGGAGCUGGCAAAAGAGAUCAACGAAGAACCUGAAGUGGAAGUUGAGACGGAGGACGAAAGACGGGAUAGACUUCUACUCGAGAAUGAAGCUUCCAUCAUCCGGCUACAGGCUUACUGUCGCGGUGGUCUUUCCAGGCGUAAUCACAAAGCACUUCAAGCAAGAAUCAAGCUCUCGGAGAGGCACGUUGUCAAGUUUCAAACACACUGCAUGGGGGCCCUCCUUCGACGCCGACUGGCACAGCGACGACAAGUGCAAUCCCAACUGGUUCCAUGGGCAACUGCUUUGCAAGCAGCGUGUCGGGCGGCUAUUCUCCGGCGACAAUGGCGACUCUAUCUCCGCAGGAUUAAGUCAAUAUCACCCCAGGUUAUCAAACUUCAAAGUCAAAUUCGCGGUGUCUUAAUGCGUCGAAGAUUCGCUAAGAUGAAAAGUGCGCUGCAGAAGAUGAGCGUUUCAUUCACCAAGAUGCAAGCUCUUGCACGUGCCCACGUCACCCGACAUGCUCGCUCCCAAUUGCAGAAGACCUUCUACAAGCCCCAGAUCAACUUUUCUAUCGUUGGCCUACAAGCCCACGCGCGAGCGCUUCUUGUCCGCCGCAGGAUUACCCUCCUUAUGCACGCUCUGCAGCGGAAAGAGAUCAACUUUGUCCACCUGCAGGCACAAUGUAGAGGAAUCCUGGUCCGACGGCGUAUGCGCGCACGUAUGGCGAAGAUACGCACUGCAACAGACGUCGUGAUCGCUAUCCAAUCGGCUGUUCGGACUUACCUUGCAAGAAAGAGGCUGCUAACACUCAUUCGAGGGCUCCGAAAAGCUACGCCUUUCAUUGUCGCCAUUCAGUCUCGAGCACGAGCAAGCUUGAUGCGGCAGGAGCACAAGAGCGUUAACAAAGCUCUCAAGCAUGUCCACACCAUCACCUCCGUGCACAGUCUUCAAGCCCUGGCCCGGGCAAGCCUCACCCGACGCCGCCACCAACAAUUAAGCAAGACCCUCGAGGUUGCCACCCCAGACGUUGUGAAUGUGCAGUCCGUAGCUCGAGGGUUCCUCGUUCGUCAAGAAUAUCGCGCUUGGCGUGACCACCUGCACCGGAGCCAUCCUAUUGCAACAAUGCUUCAAGCAAUGCUUCGCGGCGCUCUUCAACGACGUGCUUACCAUGCCAAACUCAACUAUUUCAAAGCCAAUCUCAGCAAGGUAGUGAAGAUUCAGUCGUUGUUCCGUGCGAAGGAAACCAGGGAACAAUAUCGCCAACUCACUCUUGGGAAGAACGUCACUGUGGGCACAAUCAAGAACUUUGUCCAUCUUCUCGACGAUUCAGAAGCCGAUUUCCAGGAGGAAAUUAAGGUGGAAAGACUGCGAAAGAGAGUUGUGGAGGCGAUCCGGGAGAACCAGGCCCUGGAGAACGACGUCAAUGAACUAGAUGUCAAGAUUGCUCUCGUGGUCCAGAACGCGAUGAAUUUCGAGGAUAUCGUCAAGGCCAAGAAAAGGUACGGGGGUGACAGCGCUGCCGCGCAAGCAGCUAGAGCGUCUUUGUUGGCUGCUCAUGGUGACCCCUUUUCUGGUCCGAAUACCUUGGAUCAAGAUGCCCGUCGAAAACUCGAGCUCUAUCAGCAGUUAUUUUACCUCCUCCAAUCUCGAGGGGAGUAUCUCAGUCGCCUUUUCCUUCGUCUUUCAAAAGAAAAUGUGCCUGAUGCCAGCCGGCGCUUUAUCGAGCGGGUCGUUUUGACCUUGUUUGGCUAUGGUCAGGAUCACCGAGAGGACUUCCUACUUCUCAAACUCUUCCAGUAUUCCAUCAGGGACCAGAUUUCAAUUGCUCCUACUAUCGAGCACGUCACGAAGGGUCAUCCACUGUACCUCAACGUGGCAGUUCACUACCUCCGUUCGAAACAAGCAACAUUUGUCCGAGAGGCCUUCCAAGGGGUGUUGAAAGAGGUCAUCAACGCUGAUGACCUGGAUCUGGAAGUCGAUCCGUCUAUCAUUCACCGCAACAGAAUCGAUGUCGAGGAGAUGCGGACCGGUAGGAUGAAUCCUGCACCGAGAGAUGUCUCCUUCAGGGAAGCACUCGAGGACCCGGAAACACGACCGAUCUACAUUCGACAUCUGCAAAUCCUUCGGUGGUGGACAGAACAAUUCAUGACGGCUAUCAUUCAGUCAACUCGUAAGAUGCCCUACGGUGUCCGAUACCUUGCUCGAGAACUUCUGUUGUGUCUUCGCCAUAAAUUCCCGGGCGCACCUGAAGAACUUUACGCAGCCUGCAUCGGUCGUUUAAUCUACUACAGAUAUAUCAACCCCGCGAUUAUUACUCCUGAGACUUUCGACGUUGUUUCAAAAACCGUCGAUGUGGCUUGCAGGAAGAAUUUGGCACAGAUCUCUAAAGUCCUCACACAGGUUGCCAGUGGCGCACCUUUCGGAGAUGAUAGUCCCGCGUACCUGCCUUUGAAUGACUAUGUGAUUAAAGCCAUCGCUCAGAUGAAUGGCUGGUUCUUGGAAGUUGCCAACGUUCCCGAUGCCGAGACGCAGUACCACGCCCACGAGUUCUUGGAUGUUACUGUGCAACCUAAGCCCAUUUACAUUUCGCCCAACGAGAUCUAUAACCUCCAUUCACUCUUGCUCCAGCAUCAAGAAGCCUUGGCAUCUGCUGACGAUCCAAUGAGAGUGAUUCUUUCGGAGCUCGGGGGUGUCCCUCAUCUUGACAAUGAAGAAUUGAAGGACGCGCGAGACACUGCCAUCACGUUGGAACUCACUAAUCGAUUCGCCAACGUCCAGGAUCCACACGCUGAGGAGAAAACACUUUGGGUGCAAGCCAAACGUGGGGUACUUGCCAUCCUCCGUGUCCAACCUGCCCAGGAUCUGUUGGAGUCUUUGAUGCGACCGGUCACGGAGAACGAUGAAAUGUUGUGGGAAGACAUCCUGGAGGCUGAGAUGGAGAACGAACUAAAGCAAAUGCCCCGCCGUCAACCUUCUACUGCGGUCGUCGAUUCUGCCUACCGGCUGGAGGACAUCAGAUCGCUAAAGUUCGCUGCUGUCAAAGCCUUGGCCAUCCAGAAUUUGCUGGAAUUGGAACGGCAAGGCAAGAUCACUCGCAAUGACGGCUUCCAGGGUAUUCUGAAUGCCAUUGCUGGUGACGUCCGUAGCAAGCACCGAAAGCGUAUUCAGCGACAGCAGGAGAUGUCCAAUAUGGCGGAGGCACUGCGACAACUGGCUGAACGUAAGAAAUACUUCAUGGAGCAGAUCGACAGCUACCAUAGCUACGUGGACUCUGCGAUGAACACUAUGCAGAGGGGUGGUAAAAAGAAGCGAUUUGUCUUGCCGUUUACCAAGCAAUUCUACCAUCUUCGGGAGUUACAGAGGACGGGGCAAACCCCCAAGUUUGGCUCGUUCAUCUAUUCCGCCAAACACUUGUACGACAAAGGCAUUUUGCUUUCCAUCGACAGCUACUCCCCUCGCCAAUUUGACAAACUGCAAAUUACACUGUCUUCGAACAAGGCCGGUGUUUUUACAGUGUUGCUGGAGUCAACAAUGCUUGCCGUCGUCUCCAAGAUUGCCCAGGAAGAUAUCAAAAUGGAGGACCUUUUGCAAGCCAAGUACGAGAAGCGACCCUCGUUGAGCAUCCUCGGUGGCAAAAUGAAAGUAAAUUUCGAACUUUUCUUGUAUCAGAUCAACAAAAAGUUCUACGUCUAA